GGAAACCUCCAGUUGAGUUCUGGUCCCAUGGAGGAGGAGAUGAAGAUGAUGGGGAUCUGAGAGGCAGCGACGAGAUUCCGGGCCUUCGAGCAUUACCUCCACUCACGAGGCCGUCGUCUGCCUGUGUGUUGGCUCAGCCUCUACCCUCAUCGUCGUCAUCGUCGUCUCUCACCUCGUAGUCGCGCCGUUCCUUCGCUCUGCUGUUCUAUUCUUCGUCGACUCUGUGGUCGUCGUCUUUUUCCACCUCUUGAUAGUUGUCCUUCACCUUCCUUCUGCCUUUCUUCCAUCUUCACGGAGUUCAUGGGCGCCGAUUCUUUUCGAGUGAAUGGGUUCCUUCCUGCUGUUUGGGCUGUACAGAGAUAGCAAAGGCAGCGAAGCAAAAUAGUACGCGAUGGAAGGAGAUUUUCAAGUAGAGCUCAUGCAAAACUCUUUUGUGCAAGAGGCAAGUCUUUCAAAACCUAGGGUUGGAGCGUCAACCAACGACCAGCGUUUUCUACUUGUGUUUAUCCUCGGGACCUACUUUGGUCCAGAUGUGAGGGAUGAACUACCAAGAAAAUCUGCUCUGCAAAGAGAAGCGGAGCAGUUGCCUCCAUAUACUUCCGAAAUGCUAGGUGGGUCUGUAUGCAAGCUUUCAGAAAUUGAAAGUGUUUACUAUUACUUACUGCGCAAUUCUCAUCCUAGUGCGAAAGUGAAGCUGCAAUCUCUUUACAAGUUCCUUCAAGGCCAUCUUGCACCUCCCGUGAAGGAAACUUUGGAAGACGAUAGACAGUUCCCCAGUUUCUUCCCUCCCCAUUUACACCGACACGCUCGAUAUAAAGGAACGUAUAAGGUGGUCGAGAACCUUGUAUUUAUAGAUGAUCCUUACUUACCAACAAUGAAGAUGGAGGAUGUAGAGCGCUUCAAAAGGCUUAGUGGGUUGAUGGAACUUUCUGUAGAGAGAGACGAGGCUCGAGGUUUCCAACAUGGGUUGAGGUCAGACAGAGAUGAGGAGAGGCAAGCCCGCUUUGAUAUUGGUCAGGAAACAGGUCAACCGGGUGGCACUUUUUUAGAUGGCCUUGGUGUUAGAAAAAAGAGAAAAAAGAAGGGGCAAAUGGACUUUCUUCCGGCACCACUGAUUGUCGCUCCAUUAGCUGAGAGGGCACCUGCAACUCCAAAGACAAUGGUAGGUCCUGCGAUGAUGCUGCUUCCCACCCUUCUUACGGUGGAACAAUGGAACAACGUUGUGAAUGCUGCCAAACCAGCAAUUGUUUUUACAGGAACUGCCGCUGCCAGGCAAGCAGGUCCCCUCAUAGGGCUCGUUGACAUUGGAGUUUCCGACGAUGCGUAUCUUUUCCGUACAGCCUUGCCUGGAGUAAAAAAGGAAGAAGUUGAUUUCAAGUGUGAAGUAGAAGGGGACGGGAAGGUGACCAUCAAAGGAUCAACAACAACCGGAGAGGCUCGUGUUUUGCGAGGUCAAAGGGUGUUCAACAUGAUGUCUCAGUUUCUGUGUCCCCCAGGGCUUUUUACAGUCUCUUUUCGUCUUCCUGGAGCAGUUGAGCCAACUCAGUUCACUGGCACGUUCGGGUCGGACGGAAUAUUGGAAGGGAUUGUGAUGAAGCAGAGAGCAAGGUCGGGGGCAGCCUCUCUAACUUUUGAAUCUUGAACCUCAUCACGACAUGAACGACCUUUUUCUUCCUGGCGAAUCGAAGUUGUCGUAGGCGUUUGUUAGUCAAUAUAGAUUCGUCCCCGCCCCACAAAUCAGUGCAGCUUUAAGGAUAGAAGUGGGUGAUUUUCACAGGAAGUUUUUCUCAUCAUUAAAAUCAACCAAUAUCAUUGAAACCAGAGAGAUGGUGGUUGUCACUUCUCUGGUGAAAACCGAAGGACGUGUAGAGAAUGCUCCUGUGAAGCUUUGGUCGGAUGGCCGGUUUUAGAACCGGUGUGUUGAACAGGAGAGGGAGAUGUACAGAAGGCCUAUGUUAAGCAUCCAGAUUGAAGCCACAUUGAAGGUUGGAUUCUGUGACAAUGUCGAUCCAAAGAUCUAAGUACUGCAGCCUAAAGGAAAGACCUUAUUCUUGAGGGUGGAGUAUCAACUUUUCAUAGAGGUGUAUCGAAGCAGCUCGCUCGCGCUCUUGUGCGUGCCUGUCUGAGAUCCAUUGACCGGAGAGACUUUUUUUACAUGCUUUGAUAGGUUGAUUUGUGCGAUAUGUCGCCAGUCUGUCUGGUUAUCUUUCCAGUCUAGAUCAGGAACAUGUUCAAAAAAGUCAUCAGGUGCUCAUGUUCCGAAAUUAGUCCACAAAACUGUAAAUCACGAUUCAUGUCUUCUUACAUAGCAGUAGUUAAUGUGUAAUUUUAUAGGUACAGUGUUUUGUAGAAUAGUGGCUCAAGAAUGUGGCUCAGGUGGAGAAUGCGCUGUCAUGUCAAGUAUACAUGUUUCCCAUUAUAUGUUUUUACCUUAACAACAUUUGAAGAAUUCAAAGACAGAUGGGAAGUCGAUAGUUAAGAGCUGUAACCAUCACUGGAAGUCUCUGUUUUUAUUACAGUGAGCCUACCAUGCCGAAUGAAGCACACCUAUUCAUGGGCUAUGGUUUGCCCGAAGUGUC